ACUGUCAAGCCCAAGCCACUGAAGCUAGAGCCAAUCACGGAUGACACGUGGAAACUGGUAUCAAACGAACCUCACAGAGCGAAGAAAGCCGUAAUCUAUGUGGGCAAUUUGAACUCACAUAGCAGUGAAGAAAGUGUCAAGGAAUUCACUGAGCAACGCUCUGCAGCAGUAAACAAACCGGUGAAGGUUCACCAGUGCAGCAUACACACCACAGAAGAUGGGAAAGUGUCUGCCCGCUUGAUGAUCGAUGCGACUGACCUUGAAAUCGCCACUGCGCCAAACUUUUGGCCUCGCCCACUGUACGCGCGGGUUUGGCGCCACCGUGAGCGUCCGAAGGGGGACACCUUGUCCGGCUCACACAGUGACACUCUCAGUGAUGCUCCAAAGGGGGACACCUUGUCCGGCUCACACAGUGACGCUCUCUCCGAGUCCUCCGACACUCAAGCUCAAAGCUCCAAUUAGAUCCUUUCGGAUCCUGCUGACGAACACAUUUGGACUACUGAGUAAACUUGGUGACUUUCACCAUGCUGUACACGUUCACCAACCUGACAUUGCCAUUGUCACAGAGAGCAAGCUAACCCCUGAGAAGGCUACUGAUUCCGAACUGUCCUUGCCUGGGUACUACUCCCCACUGCGGAAGGAUCGAACAGCUCAUGGAGGAGGAGUUGCGGUUUGGGUUAAAGCCAGUCUGGCCCUCCGAGAACUCGAUGACAUCCAGGUCGGUAAUGAGGAGCUAAUCUGGCUGAGUGUCAGAACUGUGGAUAAGAAGUCAGUGGCUGUGUGUGCUGCAUAUCGCUCUGGCUCCUGCCACGACAAUGACAUCAGUACCCUUGAAGCCAUCAGUGCUGGCAUUGACCUGGCCCGUAAAUCUUGUCAAUAUGUGGUAUUGGCUGGAGAUUUUAACGUACACAACGUGGAUUGGCUCGGCAGCACCAAGACAACUCAUGCAGGUGUGUACACUGAAGACAUGUGUGCUUUUCACUGCUUGGAGCAGCACGUGCAUGAGCCCACCAGGGGCCUUAACCCACUCGACUUAAUAAUGACUGACCUACCGGGAGAUGCGACCGUCAAUACCUUAGCACCUCUGGGAAACUCUGACCAUGCCUGUGUCCUAGCUGACUUUCAUGUAAGUACAGCAGAGGAACCACCAGUGACCAGAACUGUCUGGCGUUACCAACGCGCAGACUGGGACAGACUCCGCCACUUCUUUAGAACAACAGAUUGGCAGUCCACUGUCAGUGAUGAUCCUGAUGCAAUGUGUAUGCACUUGACCCAGAAUAUUCUGGAAGGAAUGCGCCGAUACAUACCGUCUAAGCAGUUGUGCAUGAAACCAUCUAACCCCUCUUGGUGGACACCGGAAUGCACUGAGGCUGUAGCACAGAAACAAAGAGCAUGGAGGAGACUCUGCGCCGACCGGUCAAGUGCCCAGCUGCAAGCCCGUUACAAUGUCGCCAAGCACUCGGCUAACCAUUGCCUGGCAACUGCCAAGCAGGCAUUCACAGCAAGCCUGGCGCAGAAGUUAGCCUCUGGGUGUAUGGCGUCUGGUGAAUGGUGGCGAACCAUCAAGAAGGCCUCUGGCCACGGAAACAGCCCAUCCAUACCUACUCUCCGCAGCACCGAUGGUACGGAGCACGACACCAACCGCAGCAAAGCAGAGUGCAUGGCCGAACACUUCGCCAACAAAUGCAGUCUAGGGGCAGACGACCUAUCCGCUCCAUUUCCUUACGUCCGACCACGUACUGACCGCAACCUCUGCACCGUCCGGUUUCGCGAAACCACAGUCGAGCGAACUCUCCGCCAGCUCAACCCCACCAAGGCCACUGGUCCAGAUGGGAUACCUGCCCGCGUCUUGGAAGCUUGCGCUGCAGAAUUGGCACGGCCGCUUUCAAAACUAUUUACAUGCUGUCUUCGCUCCGGUAUCCAGCCACAACAGUGGAAGGUUGCAAACGUAGUUCCAGUCCACAAGCGCAAGUCUAAAUCGUCGCCAUCAAACUAUCGACCAGUGUCGUUACUGAGCAUCCUCUCCAAGGUCAUGGAGACCAUAGUCAACAGGGCAAUGAGCAACUUCAUGGAGACGAAUCACGUCCUGUCAGAACAGCAAUUUGGAUUCCGUCGCGGCCACAGUGCAGCAGACCUGCUGACUGCUCUCCACCACCAGUGGGUGCACACCGCCGGAGAUAAAGGAGCUUCUCGAGUGCUGGCCAUCGACAUUGCUGGAGCAUUUGACCGGGUGUCUCACACUGGUGUGUUGCACAAGGCUAGAGUGUAUGGCAUCUCGGGAGACCUGCAUCGGUGGCUCCAAGACUACCUCUGCAACCGCACACUUCAAGUCCUCAUCUCCGGCCAGACAUCAGCCAGACGCCCAGUUAAGGCUGGGGUGCCACAGGGCAGUAUCCUGGGGCCCACCUUAUUCUUGGUCUACGUCAACGACCUUGAAGACCACCUCCCAAUCGGCUCCAACCUUGCCUCAUUCGCCGAUGACACAACCCUAUACGCCGAAAUUGCAACGCUCGCUGCUGUUCCUGACAACGCUAGAGUACUCCAGGCUGCUGUCGACCUAGUAUCCAGUUGGGGCUCGGAUUGGAAAGUGCAGUUCGAGCCAGCCAAAUCUCAGGCCCUUACAAUUUCCCACCAUCGUCGGGACUGGCCAAUACCCCCCAUUGUCUUCAAUGGAACUCCUGUCGAGGAGCAGCCCUCCAUCAAAGUACUCGGCGUCACGUUUGACCAUCAGCUAAAAUUCAGCCAGCAUAUCCGAACUGUUGUAGUCCGAGCAACGCAGAGACUUGGAGCCUUGCGCAAGGCAUUUCACUUGCUGACUAUUCCUGCCCGGCUUCGAGCCUACAAAGCCUUUGUCCGGCCGGUUAUGGAGUACUGCCCAAUCGUCUGGAUGGGGGCAGCUCCUUCCCACUUGAAUCGGCUGGACUGGGUGCAGGAGCGAGCCAUCAAGGCAAUACAUCCGCAAUGCUGGCUUCCUAGCCUCAUAAUUCGCCGCACCAUCGCUGCCCUCUGCCUCCUGUAUAAAGCCCUUUGCGAUAAUUCUCCCGCUCUUCUCUCGAGAAUGGCUCCACCCCCGACACACCAACCCAGGACCACACGCCUCACCCGCCAGGCUGUACGACUGUCCACCGCGCAUCCCCAUCAGUUACAGAAUGUUCUUCCUGCCAAUUCCCGGAACAAUGUGAGCCGAGCCUUUCCCCACUCCGUCAUCCCAAUUUGGAACCAGCUGCCUACCUCUAUCAUUCCCCACCCAUUUCACCCAAAGAACAUCCAAAAGUUCAAGACAGCAGCUUAUCACCAUCUCCUCAGAACGAACUGGCACUGGGCCACUCAUAGCAUACGCGAGACCACCAUCGACAAAUACGACAUUGAUUGUGAACACAGUGGCACCAUCAUCAACUCUCUUGCCAGGCAAUGCCGAAAACUAGUGGAGAACACUAUCUGCUCGACAGAUGAGCUGAUACAGCUUACUCCUGAAGAAAGCAAGGAAGUGAUCCUGAGCGACUGCCUCAGAGACUAUCAAGUCCCUGCAUUGCCUGAGAACAAGCCACUACUGGGCGUUACACCCAGCGCCGAUGGUAGAGGUGUGAGAGCUGGCUCGCCAGAAGGCGAUAUCCAUAGUGUGGGUGUGAUAUAUCUAAGUAAUGAUCCGCACGCGCAACAGCAACACCAGCAUCAUCACAUAGUGCGGAGAAGCUCCACACCUCUACUGCUCCCACAGGGCAACAUUGGUGUCUCCCUGGCACCAUUGAUCACAGCCAGUAUUGCUGAGAACGCACAGCCCGGCACAUUUGUCACGCAGAUCUACGCAGUGUCAUCGUCACCACUGCAGUAUCGCAUCACAGCUGGCGAUAGCACCGGACAGUUUGUCAUCAACGCAACCGGAGCUUUGUACCUAGCAAAACCACUGGACUUUGAGGCAAGACAGCAGUACAGCCUAGCCAUUGCUAUCAUCCCGCAAGUAGGUUCAUCGCAGAGCGCCAUGACAAGCGUGAUCGUCUACAUCCGAGAUUCCAAUGAAUAUGCACCCCGGUUUGUAUAUCCGAUGGGAAUGACUUACUACCAAGCAACACUCACCCUUGGCAACAACAUUCAAAUGGCUGGCAAGAGGAUUGUAACAGUGACGGCUACGGAUGAUGACCAGUCUGCUACCAUUGUCUAUUCCAUCACUGCUGGUAACUACUUAGACCAUUUUGAGAUUGCACAAGACGGUGCUGUUCUGACAACAGCACAGUUUACCAGCAGCCAUGAUCAACGAUACGAGCUGACGGUAACAGCAACAGACAGCAGCAGCUCGGUCACUACCAAGUCCACCAUGGCACGUUUGCAGAUCACCGUGCUGGAAAGUUCCAAUGAUCAGCUGGUGUUCAUUCCAGGCUACUAUACAGCUAGAGUGGCCGAGCAUAGCAGUGCUGUGCGCAGCCUUCUACAGGUGUACACUGUGAAUAGAGCACUGUCUGCGCUGCACGGUGUUGCCUACACACUGACCAGUGGCAAUGAUAACAACAUGUUCAGCAUGGACAGGAGCACCGGUGUCCUAGGCGCGGCGGCCAAUUUCGACCGCGAGAAGACGCCAACAUACCGGCUUACAGUCAUGGCACAGUACGGCAAUGUCAGCAAUGUCACCACGGUUACAGUAACCGUGGACGACAUCAAUGAUAGCCCGAGCUGGACCGGCGGCCACAGGACUUUCACUGUGAACACAUUCAACCAGUCCCUGAAAGCAGGGCCCCUGGGCACUGUCAAUGUCAUCGAUGCUGACAGCGUGCAUGCUUUCAAAUGCACAACACUCACCAACAACAAUCCAACCGUUCUGGCUGUGAGUCCGGCAUGCGAGGUCAGUCUUAUGCAGAGCAAUCCCUCUGCAGGCACCAUCCAUUCCACAGUGAGCGUUAGUGAUGGUACGCAGCCACCGGUCAACAGCACUCUACAAUUACAUGUCGUUUCGGUCCCUGCGGCAGCGGUGGCUAACAGCCUGACUUUCAGUGUUGCAGGCAAUGCAAACACAUUGCUGCAGAAGUUUCACAUCAAUGGCUUUGUCAGUGCAGUGCAGCAAGCCACAGGUGCUCUCUACAAUGACAUAUAUCUACUGGCAAUACAGCAAUCAGCGCGGGUAACAGGGCGUACAGACAUCACGGUAGCUGUUAGCGCAGGCCAUCACAGCAGCUUCCUAAGCCAACAGCAACUGGUGCUGAGCAUUAGUCGCAAUCGCAGCACCAUAGAGCAGCAGCUGGGCACCUCACUGACUAAUCUACCCGUUGACCAAUGUAGCACUGCACCGUGCAAGAACUACGCCACAUGUGAGCCAGUCUCUACCGUGACCAGCGCUGAAACAUCGACAGUUUCUCCAUCGGAAGUGUUUUUCUCCGUCCCAAUAAAGCACGGUUACAAGUGUAUCUGCAUGCCGGGCACUACUGGCCAGCAUUGUGAGCUCAGUGUUGAUGCCUGCUACUCCCAGCCAUGCCCUAGUGGCACCACAUGUACGCUGUCACUAGCUAACACAUUGGACUAUCUCUGCAUGGGUAGUACAGAGAGUACAGCUGACGGCAGCACCGCUUCAAAUAACACCGUGAAGCUAAGCAGCAUGGCCACCUGCCCGUGUCUCAACAAUGGUUCGUGCCACGUCAACACACAGUUCUCCGCAGCACAGCAGUGCGUAUGUCCAGAGUUUUAUCAUGGCACCGCCUGCGGUCAAAGUACGCUCACUGCAGUUCAAGACCCGUGCACGGCCCAGCCGUGUCAAAACGGAGCGCGGUGCACCUCCGGCCGAGGAGCAUACACAUGCUCAUGCCUGAUCGGGUUUCAAGGCCAACAGUGCCAGACAGCGACAUUGGUGCUUGACAAUGCGUGUUCUUCUAAUCCAUGUUAUCACGGCUCUACAUGUGUGCCAGGCAGUGGUAGUGCAGCACCGUACACGUGCCUCUGUGCGGCUGGUUUCACCGGAGAACAGUGCACGUGGCCCAUCAGUGCAUGCAGCUCACAGCCAUGCCGCAAUGGUGCUGCAUGCUAUGACAGCACCUCGGCAACGGCUGGAUACGUAUGUGACUGCUUGCCAGGCUUCCACGGCAGUACGUGUGAACAACAGUUGGAUUCAUGCCGCAGCAGUCCAUGUCAGAAUGCGGGGCAGUGCGUACGCACAGCCCAAGGCUACACGUGCAAAUGCAGUGAUCUCUUCUACGGCACUACCUGCCAGUACUCUACAUUCCCGAACCUGUGCAACAUGCACACUGUGUCGUGCGCCAAUGCCGCAAACUGUACACAGAGCUCCACAGCCACUAGCUGUAAGUGCACUGCACAACACCAGGGUCCAAUGUGUGCGAGUGCAGCCAGUCCAGCAGCCAGCCAGUCACCAUGCGACGGCAACCCGUGUCAACACGGUGCAACAUGCCAGCCACUUGCCAUCUCAGCAGGGUCGGGGUUCACUUGCAUUUGUGCGGCUGGAUUCACAGGCAACCUGUGCUCAGUGAACAUUGACGAAUGUCAAAGUAACCCAUGUUCAAACUACUCAACGUGUUAUGAUGCCGUCAAUGGCUAUGUGUGCAAGUGUGCCGUCGGUCUCCAUGGCUACCACUGCACACUGCCAUGCCCGGCAGGUACCACUGGUGAGGACUGCACACAAGCACAUUACGCGUGUCGACCGGGACUGUGCGUGAACGGUGCAUCGUGCGUAGAGGAUGUCAGCGCUGCUCUGGGGUACAGAUGUGUGUGCUCGGCACACAACAGCGGUGACAACUGUGAGCUGACGCCGACCUGUGCCACACUGCCCUGUAAGAACGGCGGAACGUGUAGCACGAAUCCCAACGGCUUAGGCUACUGGUGUAUGUGCCCAGCACAGUAUCAAGGAAGAAACUGCCAGCUCACAACCAUCUCAAGCAUUGGCACAGGAUUCCGAGCAUUACCAGCCAGGCGGCUAGGUGCUAGAGAUCAGAUAGCAUUCCACUUUAGAACCACUACCCAGAACGGCUUGCUGUACUUCAACACACAGCUACACGGACAGGAUACGAU